UGCUACUCUCUUCACCGGAAAAGUGCACCCAGAAGCACGGCCCAUUUCCGUCAAGAGAUCUUGUCCGUUGGUGACGUUGCCUGGGGGUCGCAGUGGACAAAGGCAGACACCUGUAUCUCGUUUGCCCUGCAACGCAGAGUAUAACGGGUACAUCACGUGACCUACCAAGGGGCGCCACGUUCUUCUCGACACGACACCACUCACGAAGACGUACACUGAUCAUUUCCACCGAUACUGGCAGCUCUUCGUUGUGCGCGAUCUCAUAUCUAGCUCGUCCCCACUUGCCUCGGAUCAAGGACGAGGGGAGCUGCCGAAAGAAGGAGCUGUCGAAACAUCUGGAUAGUCUUGCCUUUGUGCUUCCACGUCUCGAAUCGUCGUCCCUCGUGCCAGCAGAUAGAGAAUGUCUGCGCCCGGUCAACCAGCGCCUCAGCUCCCACCUGGUUGGGUGUCACAAUGGGAUCAGAGCGCGGGGAGACACGUCUACAUCGAGACGGCGACUGGGAGAACAAGCUGGCAGCCGCCAGCAGCACCAGGACAGCAGCAGCAGCAACAGCAGCCUGGUCCACCGCCUGGUCGACCGACCCAUCCUCAAGGUCAAGCGCGCAUGUCGAUGCCUCCCAUGGCCGGCCCACCUAACAUGAGAGGAGCUCCUCCUCCCGGUCCAGGCCAGGCACUGUCGCCGGAAGCCUCGGCAUCUCCUCCUCCGGCUGUGGCUGCCACGACGGGCUCCCGGAGGCGAGCUUAUCCCACCGCCCACCUGGCAGCCAACAGCGUCAGCUACACCGGUGGCUUCCCAGACGCAGGCGGUCUCGCACCUGCUGGCUACCCUGGUGCAACGCCUGCGGCAGCAGCAGGAGAUGGCUCUUACAACCAACAGCAACUCUUCUCUCCUGCUGGUGUACCAGACGCCCAAAGCCCGCCACAACCGGCUGCUAAUCUUGGCGCGCCCACAGGUCAAGCCGCAGGCAGCGGCUUCCAGCCUUCUCAUUAUCACUCACCUUCGGCUGCCCCAGCCUUUGCCGGCAAUGGAGCUGCAGCUGCGGGAAGUUUCGGUGGCGGUGUGGCUGGCAUGACGAAUCAGUUUCAAUCAAUGGGGGUUGGCGGAACGGGAGGUGUCAAAGGAAACCCCCUCUACACGGUCAACCUUUCGGCGACGCAGCCCAACGUCAACGAUCUCUUGCGACCCCCGCCAGAGAUCAAGCUACCUCCCAACGCCUGCAUCUCAACCAACCCAAAAGCCAAUGCAGACCCCUCAUACCAGCGCUGCACGCUCAAUGCCAUUCCCACCACGUCUUCGCUCCUCUCAAAGUCAAAGCUGCCUCUCGGCCUCAUCCUUUCGCCUUACCGCUCAGUACGAGAGGAGGAUGGCGAUGAGCCAGUACCCGUCGUGACGGACGCUGUCAUUGCACGAUGCCGACGCUGCCGAACCUACAUUAACCCUUACGUCCAAUUCAUCGAGGGAGGCAACCGAUGGAAGUGCUGCAUGUGCAACAUCUCAAACGAGGUGCCCCAGUUGUUUGAUUGGGAUCAGGAAAAGAACCAGCCCGCCGAUCGAUGGGCUAGACCGGAGCUCAACCACAGCGUCGUUGAAUUUAUCGCUCCAAGAGAGUACAUGGUUCGUCCCCCUCAACCGCCCAUCUACACUUUCCUCAUCGACGUCUCUCAUGCCGCCAUCUCUUCUGGCAUGGUGGCCACGGCUGCUCGCACCAUUCUCGAGUCGCUUGAUCGCCUUCCAAACGAAGACAGCCGGACAAAGGUGGCCAUCAUCGGUAUUGACGUCAGUCUGCACUUCUUCUGCCUCGCGCCUGGCAGCACAGAGCCCGAGAUGCUCGUCGUGAGCGACCUCGACGACGUCUUCCUGCCCAAGCCCAACGAUAUCCUCAUCAAUCUCAGCGAAUGUCGCGAGGGUCUGGAGGCGCUCCUGGGUCGUCUUGGGGAUAUGUUCAAGGAUACCACCGUAUCCGGCUCGGCGCUCGGCGCUGGUCUCCAGGCCGCAUACAAGCUCAUCUCGCCCAUCGGCGGAAAGAUCAUCACCCUUUCGGCCUCGCUGCCAAGCGUCGGUCCCGGCGCCCUUAAGGUGCGCGAGGACCCCAAGCUGCUGGGAACGUCGAAGGAGAGUACCUUGCUGGGCGCCGCCUCGACGUUCUACAAGACGUUCCCCAUCGACUGCUCACGCAGCCAAGUCUCAGUCGACAUGUUCCUCUUCUCGGCCGCCUACACCGAUGUGGCCACGCUCAGCUGCCUUCCACGAUAUACCGGUGGCCAGACGUACUUCUACCCUGGCUUCCACGCCGCCCGCUCGGAAGACGCUGGCAAGCUCGCUCAUGAAUUAUCCGAGGUGCUUGCGAGCCCCAUCAGCUACGAAGCCGUGCUCAGAUUGCGAGCGACAAAGGGUCUGCGCGCGACUGGCUUCCACGGCAACUUCUUCGUUCGCUCCACCGACCUCCUGGCGCUCCCUGCUGUCCCUCUUGACCAGGGUUAUGCUAUCGAGUGCGAAAUUGAGGAGACCAUUAAUGCGCCGUUUGUCGUCUUUCAAUCCGUCGUUCUUCACAGCACGAGCUACGGUGAACGGAGGAUUCGAGUCGUCAACCUCGCGUUACCCACCACGAGCAGCAUGUCCGAGGUCUAUUCGGGCGCGGACCAGACGGCCAUCGUCACCCUCCUGGCGAACAAGGCCGUCGAGCGAAGCAUUCACGCCCGCCUCGAAGACGCUCGUGAUGCGCUGACAAACAAACUCGUCGAUAUCUUCUCUACGUACAAGGCAACGAUGACCUCUGCAGGUUCGGGAGCGAGCCCGCAGCUGAGCAUCGCAUCCAAUAUGGCUCUCUUGCCGCUCCUCACGCUGGGCCUGCUCAAGCACGUCGGUAUCCGCAGCAGCUCGCAGAUCCCAUCAGACCUGCGCGCCUAUGCCCAGGCUCUGCUCACGACACUGCCGGUCCAGCUCCUGCUUCCUUAUCUGCACCCCAAUUUCCACUGCCUCCAUAACAUGCCACCCGAUGCCGGCACAAAGGCCGACGGAGGCGAGGGUGCGCUCAUCAUGCCACCCAAGCUCAACCUGACGGCCGAGCGCCUUGAGCGACACGGCCUGUACCUCAUUGAGGAUGGCCAGAACAUUUUCCUGUGGGUCGGCCGGGAUGCCGUUCCCCAGCUCUGCCUCGACGUGUUCGACGCUCCAAACUACGCAGCGUUGCGCGGCGGCAAGACGACGCUUCCUCGCCUCGACAACUCGAUGUCGCAGCGCGUCAGCGCCAUUGUGGAGCGCGUCCGGACGAUGCGGAGGGGACCGUACAAACCCCACGUCUACAUUGUCAAGGAGGAUGGCGAGCCGAGCUUGCGCCUCUGGGCCCUUUCGAUGCUCAUCGAAGACCGCUUUGAGCAGACGCCGAGCUACAUGCAGUUCCUCGGCACGCUCAGAGACAAAGUCAAUGGCGGGUCGUAGCUGCCUCUCUCCGCCCCUCUUGUCAUUUCCUCUCCUCUUUUCCUCUCUCUCACACCUGGCCUCUCGGUGCGUGCGCUACUCCCAUUCCCCCCACUUCUCUGGUGUUCCCUUCUGAAAGAAGAGGACAGCGUAUACGACAAUUGUGUCGUUGAUUUCUUAUCGUCAUGAAAGAUUAUUGAAAAAGAAACAAUGUUGAUCCCCCCUUUGCGAC